AUGGUUUCUCACGUUUCACUUCUUGUUGUCAUAAUCUCAGUAAAAAACAGCCGAUCGUGCUCAAGCGGACUUGCUAAAUAUAAGCUUACCAAAGAAUUGACCCAGACAAUCAAAUUUAAAUACUUCUUUCCUACUGAUCAACUGUUGCAAACAUUUGCGAACGGAGAUCUAGUUUUUAUUUCGGGUAAAUUUAUUGUUGAGAAUUCCGAACCGUGUUUUACCAUCGCAUACUCAAGCAUUGUUGAUAAUGAAAACCCCAACCACGAAUUUGACUUGAGUAAUGUUCCCAUAACUAUUCCUCAUAGUAUGUACUUUGUAACUGUCACCCGUCAGCCAAAGAAUGUCGGAGAUUUUAUUCAUUUUGGUGCAGAAACAAUUCAAUAUAAUUCUGUCACUGGUAACUCUGAUAUUAAAAUGGACAUGACAAUUAUUUACUCGCUUCGACGUAGU